CUCUGCUAGUCGCACCGUGACACUCAGGCCCAACGGUCACAGCAAUCAUCGAACACUUUUUACCGGGCAUAAAAAUAUAAUUAACGCAUUGUAUACUUAUCUAGUGCCAACAACAAUAUACAAAAAAAAAAAAAAACAAGGAAAGCAAAUUAAAAACGAAAUUAACGGAAUUUUUUAAGGCGCACAACAAAUUUGCAAACAUUCACUGAUAAGAUAUGAAAUCAAAAUGAAUUUGUUGCAAUUGAACAUUCAAAGGAACAACACAGCGACAAGCAGCAACAGUUCUAUAUCAUCAAGAUGGCGAAUGUAGCAACUCAAGCGAGGUACAUUCCUUAUGCACCUGUAACAACGGUAACAACAACUGCAACGUCAACAGCCCUGGAUCAGGUGGACAACAGUACGAACAGCACAGCAACGCUUCUGCUCAAGGCGUUCGUCAACAGAAUGAGUGAUAAAUACCAUCGGGAGGAUGAGCGCCUGAAGACAUUCGAGACUUGGCCUUUGCCCUGGCUCGAUAAGAAUGUGCUGGCGCAAACUGGCAUGUUCUAUACGAAUGAGGAAGACAAGUGCAAAUGCUAUUUCUGUGAGGUGGAGAUUGGACGGUGGGUGCACGAAGAUCAUCCCGUGAAUGAGCAUUUACGUUGGUCGCCUAACUGCCCACUGCUGCGUCGUCGCACCACCAACAAUUUACCUAUAAAUGCGGACGCCUUGGACCGCAACCUGCCACAAGCCAGCUUUGAUGUAUGUGGAUCGAACGAUACAUCAUCUUUGGAUAUACGCGAGAAUGCCUAUUCCGAGGGCUUACCGUCUAUACAGUCGACGGGCAUGAACAGUUUCCAGCCCGCGCGAGUUGCAAGUCCUGGCUCGUCGACGACACCAGCAUCAACAAACAGCUCAAAUGGUGGCAAUUAUUUUCCCGAGUAUCCAGAGUACGCCAUCGAGUCGGCACGUCUGCGCAGCUACGAGGAUUGGCCACGCAACAUGAAACAAAAGCCGCAGCAGCUCGCCGAGGCGGGUUUCUUUUACACAGGGGUCGGCGAUCGCGUACGCUGCUUCAGCUGCGGCGGUGGCCUCAAGGACUGGGACGACAACGACGAGCCCUGGGAGCAGCAUGCUCUAUGGCUCGGACAAUGUCGCUUCGUGAAGCUGAUCAAGGGUCAGCUCUAUAUCGAUGGCGUCGCUGCAGCUGCAGCUCAAGCAGCCAAGCAAGACGAGGAGAAAGAGCAGGAACAGCUUCAAAGCCUAAGCGUUGGUGCGAUACGAAGUGCUGCCAGCAGUGCUAUAGCCUCAGACAUUGCUCCGGCUACUGCUGCUGUUGCUGUUGGUGUUGCUGGGCCUCCAGAGGCUGCUGCCAGCGAGGGCGAUGUGGCGCCAACAGCUGCCACACGCAUCUACGACAAAAUAGUGGCUCAAUGCGGCUCCGACAGCACAGCCAUGCCCACGGCAGCGACAGCGACUGGCGCUCCAUCUGUCGUGCCCGAGGAAAAGCUCUGCAAGAUCUGCUAUGCGGCCGAGUACAAUACCGCAUUUUUGCCCUGCGGCCAUGUGGUGGCAUGCGCCAAGUGCGCGUCGUCCGUGACAAAGUGCCCGCUCUGCCGAAAACCCUUCACCGAUGUCAUGCGUGUAUAUUUUUCUUAAAUGGCAUCGACUCCAGCAUCCUAACUUAUACUGGACGUCCACACGAGGCUAGCGCGGCCAACUGUCUUGGCCG